AUGUCUUCCGCGCACAAAGACCUCAAGAUCGGCUACAUUGGCCUUGGAAACGCCGGCUACCCACUGGCUUCCUGCAUUGCCAAGGCAGGAUACCCCAUCAUCGUCCAGGACGCCGAUACAACCCGAUCGCAACGCUUCGUGUCCGAACAUCCGACCAUCUCACAGACCGCGGACUCGCCUGAGGCGUGGAAGAAGGUAGACGUUCUGAUCACCAUGCUACCCAACGGGGAAAUCGUCAGGAAUGUGCUGCUACCCAUUGCUCCCGAUCUGAAGCAAGGCUGUGUGGUGGUGGAUACAUCUUCUUCCUCACCGUUCCAUACGCGAGAGACAGAGAAGCUGGUGAGGGAGGUGAAUGAUGGGAUUACGUUGGUGGAUUCUCCGGUUACGCAAGAGUAUGCUGGAGCGAUUUCUACUGGUGAAGCCACGUUUAUGGUCGGAUGCUCUGAUCCUGUCGCGUUAGAAAUCGUCAUGCCUUUGUUGCGAUGCAUGGGCAAACACGUAUUCGUGAUGGGCAAAUUGGGAGCGGGCCAUGCGAUGAAGACUUUGAAUAAUUAUGUCAGCGGGGCUAGUAUUAUCGGGCUGUGCGAUGCAUUGAUGGCAGGGCAGAAGUUUGGUCUAGAGCCUACCAAGAUGGUAGAUGUGAUGAAUGUGGGGACUGGAGUGAAUUUCAGUACGAAAGAGAGUUUCCGGCAGGAUGUGAGUCUUCGUAAAGUCUUGUGCCUAUGCAUAAUGAGCUGGUCGCUGAUCUGUGGACUGUAGGGCCUCACACGCCGCUUUAGGUCGGGGUACCAGCUCGCUCUGUUGAUCAAGGACAUGAAGAUCGCCAAGUCUGUGCUCGAGGAGAUGGGUGUGCCCUCUGCCUUGCCGCAGCUCAUGAUUGAGUUGAUGGAGGAGGCUCUAAGUGUGGCGGGCCCGAACGCGGAUCACGUCCAGGUGAUACGACGCUGGGAAGAACAGGUUGGCAUGCAGCUCAGACAGAGCAAGCUCUGA